AUGCCAGGCACAAAGCACAGUGACCACAUGAAUAAAUUCAAGAACAAGGGCAAGGAUGCAGCUGCCCUGCGGAGGCAGAGGGUGGAGGUGAGCAUCGAGCUGCGAAAGGCCAAGAAGGAUGAGCAGAUCCUGAAGCGCAGGAAUAUUUCCUUUGGUUUGGUGGAGCUGAAACUCUCUCCAGAACAAGACAAGCCAAAUGAGAUUAUUCAGCUGUCCUUGGAGGAGAUCUCUGAAGGUGUGAAUGGAAGUGACACCAAACUGCAGCUGCAAGCCACACGGGCUGCCAGGAGAAUGCUGUCCAGGCAGAAGGAUUCCCCCAUCAAUCAGAUCAUCGAGCUGGGGAUCAUCCCCAGGAUGGUGGAAUUUCUGAACCGUGCUGACAAUGUUCUCCUGCAGUUUGAGGCAGCCUGGGCACUGACUAAUAUUGCUGCUGGCAGCUCUGAGCACACUAAGGCUGUGGUGGAUGGAGGAGCCAUUCCAGUCUUCGUCUCCCUCCUGUCCUCCCCACACAUGCACAUCAGUGAGCAGUCGGUGUGGGCUCUGGGCAACAUUGCAGGUGAUGGUCCUAUCUACAGAGAUGCUCUUAUCAAUUGCAAUGUCAUUCCUCCCUUGCUGGCUCUAGUGUCACCUGUAACUCCAAUUGGAUUCCUGAGGAACAUCACCUGGGUACUGUCAAACCUCUGCAGGAGGAAUAACCCCUGCCCUCCCUUGGAUGCAGUGCAUAAGAUAAUGCCAGUCCUCAUCUCCCUCAUUGAGCAUGAUGACAAGGACAUCAUCUCUGACUCCUGCUGGGCUAUUUCCUAUGUGACUGAUGGCUCCAAUGAUCGCAUCCAAAUUGUGGUGGACACAGGGGUUCUCCCAAGGCUGGUGGAACUCCUGGCCAGCAUGGAGCUGAAUAUUUUAACUCCAGCUCUCCGUGCCAUUGGGAACGUGGUCACAGGGACUGAUGAGCAGACCCAGGCAGCUAUUGAUGCUGGAGUCUUGGCUGUCUUGCCCCGUCUCCUGCGACACACAAAGCCAGCCAUACAGAAGGAAGCAGCAUGGGCACUCAGCAACAUUGCAGCAGGGCCUUGCCAGCAGAUCCAGCAGAUCAUCACCUGUGGAUUAUUGCCACCUUUAGUGGAGUUGCUUGACAAGGGUGACUUCAAAUCUCAGAAGGAGGCUGUGUGGGUAGUGGCCAAUUUCACAACUGGAGGAACAGUGGAUCAGGUGGUGGAGCUUGUCCGUUCUGGGGUCCUCAAACCUCUGCUCAACCUGCUCUUGUCCAAAGACAGCAAAAUUAUCCUGAUCAUCCUGGAUACCAUUUCAAAUUUCUUCCUGGCAGCUGAGAAGCUGGGACAGACAGAGAGGUUGUGCCUGCUGGUGGAAGAGCUUGAUGGGCUGGAGAAAAUUGAAGACUUGCAAACCCAUGAGAACAACAUGGUCUACAGAGCUGCCCUGAACAUCAUAGAGAAAUACUUUUCUGGGGAGGAAAAUUCAGACCUGCAGCCUGGCACUGACCAAGAUGGGCUGUAUGAUUUCUCAGUGAAGAAGCAAGACUUCAACUUCUGA